CUCAAAUCACGACUUACGUCGACCACCCGCAUCUCCAGCUACCCCGCUUCACAAGCCACACAACUUUAAGACAACAUCUUUCGACCUACAAGUUCCUAGUUCCUGAAACACAUCAACAUGUCUGGCUACGAUCAAUACAACCAGGGUUACGGCCAGCAGCAGCAGUAUCCGCCUCAAGGCCACAGCCCGUACCCUCAGCAAGGUGGCUAUGACCAGGGAAGCUAUCAGCAGCAAGGUUACCAGCAACCUCAGCAGCAGUACGGCCAGCAGGGUUAUGGCGAACAGCAAGGUUACAACGCGCAGUACGGUCCUCCUGCACAGGGUGGCUUCCAGCAUGGUCAGCAGCAAGUAGGUCCGCACGGUGACUACAAUCAGCAACAGCAAGGACAAUAUGGCCAGCACCAAGAGGGAGGCUACCCCGGCUCGCAACCUCAGAACCAGUUCCCCCAGCAGGGUCCGUACGGCCAAGAUCAGUACCCACAGGGCCAGAACCCUCACAGUCAGCCGGGACAGCAGCAGUACGGCUCCAGUGACCCAGCUAUGCAGCAAGAGGGAGACCGAGGCCUGAUGGGUGCUCUCGGUGGCGGCGCUGCCGGGUACUUUGGUGGUAACAAGAUGGGCGGCCACGGCAUUCUCGGUGCCAUAGCAGGUGCCGUGCUCGGCAGCAAGACCGAAGACCACUUCAAGAAGCCCAAGCAGAAUGAUCAGUACGGCGGAUACAAUGGCCACUGAGUGAUGCUGCCGGUUUUCAAUUGUUUGCUUCUCGGGGUUUCAGCAUGUCAACAUCUCGGCGUCUUGGAGACCUCACAAUGUGUAUGGAUAUGACCAUCACGACUUUCGCAUAACGAUCUGGGAGAGGUUAUUGCUACACGGCGUUUAGAAUAAAUGACAGCCACGAUUGAUCCCCCACAACAAAAGUUGCCCUCAGCCUCACUAUAUCGCAUACAAAUGAGCCACUUCAUAAUACACAUAUCGCACGGUCAGCAUCGAAACGACUUACCGUCACCAACGAAACAGACGUUCUUGCAAGGGUAUGCUAUCGUGUUCAUUGGAGGAGGGGAGAAUAUUUAUGGGAAUUGUCAUUCGCGGCGUCUGAAACAUACCGCGUUUGGCUGCGCUCCAAGAAAGCUCUAACUUUGCUCCAAUUUCUCAGGAGCG